UUCGAGACUAUAAAAUGAUUUUUCCUUGUAACAAUUUGCAAUUGCAAACAUAUGUUUUGUGACCAUGGGUUUAGACCAAGAGAAGAAGCCACAUGCAUUAUGCAUACCAAUCCCAGUGCAAGGUCACAUUACCCCAAUGUUAAAGCUUGCCAAAAUCCUUCACUCCAAAGGUUUCCUUAUCACCUUCGUCAACACCGAGUUUAACCACCAACGUCUUCUGAGAUCUCAGGGCCCCGAUGCCGUGCAUGGUCUCCCUUCCUUCCAGUUCGAAACCAUUCCUGAUGGUCUUCCACCAGCACAAAACCUUGAUGCUACCCAAGAGGCUUCAAUUCUAGCACGCGCCAUUGAGGAAAACUUUCUGGGUCCUUUUAAAACUCUAGUGACCAAAGUUAAUGCUUCUUAUUCGCCGGUGACUUGUAUAGUGGCUGACAUGCUUAUGGGCUUCACGUUCGCUGUCGCCUCUGAGUUGGGUAUUCCGGAGUUUCUCUUAUGGACGGCGGGAGCUGGUUCGUUAUUAUGUUUCGAUCAGUAUCCGUAUCUUUUGGAGAAGGGAUUAAUGCCCCUUAAAGAUUCGAGUUACUUACUAAAUGGCUAUUUGGAUACCGUUCUAGACACUAUACCUACCAUGCAUGGCAUACGUCUUAAAAAUAUCCCUCCUUGGAUUACAUAUAUCAACCCCGGUGAUGAGUACAUGGCCCAGUAUUUUUGUUUACAAUUAGAGCGAGCAAAAGCCGCGUCUGCUAUCUUUUUUAAUACUUUUGAUGAACUAGAUCGCGACAUAUUAGACGCGAUCUCUGCAAAGUUUGGUCCUUCCUAUGGAAUUGGCCCUUUAAAUCUACUUGAGAACAAGAUUGUAGACAAUAGUGUAGCAUCAUUCAAAUCAAACCUCUGGAAAGAAGAGCCUGAAUGUUUAAAAUGGCUAGACUUGAAAGAACCAUCGUCGGUUAUUUAUGUGAACUUUGGUAGCAUCACAGUAAUGACAUCUCAACAACUAGUCGAGUUUGGUUGGGGACUCGCGAAAAGCAAUUAUCCAUUCUUGUGGAUAAUACGCCCUGACCUCGUGACCGGUGAGUCUGCUGUUCUUCCACCUGAGUUGUUGAUGGAGGUAGGCGGUAGAGGAUUGUUGGCUGGUUGGUGUCCCCAAGACCAAGUUCUAAGCCACCCGUCGAUAGGAGGGUUUUUAACACAUAGUGGAUGGAAUUCGACGAUCGAAAGUAUUUCCAGCGGAGUCCCAAUGAUUUGUUGGCCGUUUUUUGCUGACCAACAACCGAAUUGCUGGUUGGGUUGCAACAAGUGGGGCAUUGCUAUGGAGAUUGACAACAAUGUAAAAAGUGAUGAGGUUCAAAAGCUUGUGAUUGAGUUGAUGAAAGGAGAAAAGGGAAAUUUGAUGAGGAAGAAAGUUGAUGAAUUGAAGAAGAAGGCUAAAGAAGCAUGUGCCUUUCCUUCUGGUUCGUCAGUAGUCAAUUUGGAGAAGAUAAUUAAUCUUAUGCAAACUUCGUCAAAAUGAUCUGUAGUCUAAUUUAAAUGCUUGUGUUUUAUCAUAUUCAAGUAGACUUUCUAUAAAUGUAUUGGCCUUCAUUUGUGCAUCAUAACAUUAUAUGAAAAUACUCCUUGUAGUU